AUGGAGUACAGAUUUGGGCUUAUUAAGAUAAUUUGGAAGCCCGAUGUGGAGAUUGCUCAUGACGUGGGAGAAUGUUCAGGGUUAUGUGAUAAGUGGUCUAGAAUUGAAGUGGAUGAUGAAGUAGUUACUAAGCUUGGCCUAGUUGUUGUUGAGUUAUCUUAUUACUACCUAAAAUCAGGGGAAGACAUGGACGAAGGUCUCAUGCUACUAGAAGAUAAUAAUUCUUCAAUCACCAUGGCUUCGCAUGGAUUAAAGGAAGGGCUGGUGGAUUUAUUUGUAGUGCACAAGGAUAGGAAUGAAGCUGCAGAUGAAGAGGAAGAUGGUCAAUUAUUGGUUAAGUGGAAAGGGGGAAAGAGUGGGAAAACUCAACAUGAGAUGUUCAAAUUGAUUGAUGAAGAUAUUGAUGAUUUAACUCCUGAAAUUGAGAUAUUGAAGGGACCACAAAGAUCUUGCUUAGACAGUAUCAUUGGCAAUGAAGGUGUAGACAUAGAGGAAGAUGGUCAAUUAUUGGUCAGUCAGCUAACCCAAGAAGAACCACCCCAACGAGCAGAAAUCAAAGUGCCGGGAGCAAGUCCUACUCGAAAAGGACCACAAAGAUCUUGCUUAGACAGUAUCAUUGGCAAUGAAGGUGUAGACAUAGAGGAAGAUGAUCGGAGUAUGGGUUUAGGGAAACAAAAGGCAGCACAACAUAAACUUUUCGGCUUGAUAGAUGAAGAUGAUGGUAGUUCACCUGCAUACAUUGAUAUGGUGGAAAAUGAACCAAGAUGUGGGGUAGACAGUAUCAUUGGUGCAGGGUGUUCAGACAUACCUGAUGGAGCAGAAAAAGAAGACGUCGGUGUCAUUGAAUGUGAAGGUGAAGCUACUGAUGGCAACCCAGCAAACCAUUUUGAAGGUGAAGGUGCGCAAGUUGGUGUCGUUGCACAAGUAGCUGACAUUGCACAAUCACAUGACGCUGCACAAGCAGCUGAUACUGAAAAAGGUUCAGAUGACGAACAGAGGAAGACAGAUGGCAGAAAUAGCAAACCUGUUAAGGUUGGGAGGAAAAGAGCCAAAGAUAGGCUAGCUGCUGGUUCUAAGCACACUAAGAAGCACAAGAAAAACCCUGAUAUUCCAAUUGCCUCUGAUGAUGCCCCUCCCACAAAGAAGGCAAAGAGGACUGUGACUUGUGGUUUAUGUGGUGUUGACGGUCACUAUCGGUCUACUUGUAUGAGUUCUAUUGCUGGAAUGUACAAGGCGAGGGUGGCAUCUGCUAAAGGUACAACAACUGGGGAAUAG